AUGUCUUCCAUCCUGACGGUUCUACUCGCGUUUUUGCCUUUGUACGAGUCUCUGGAUGUCGACACUGCCGGCUUAGCUUUCCUUGGUUUCCAAAAAAAGUAUGGCAAGAGCUACGAGAGUGAGGAAGAGGAGAGCAAGAGGGCCGCAAUUUUCCAGGACAACCUGGAUUACAUCCAGAGGGUCAACGCCCAGA